GGGCUCGGGCGCGGGGGGGGGGGGGGCCGCGGAGCGAUGGCCCGCUCCGGCCGCUGGGGCGGAUAAGACCCCGUCGCGCCGCCGCGGGUGUGGGCCGGAGGGAGGAGACGGUGCCCGAGCGCCACGGAGUAUGACGGGGCUGUACGAGCUGGUGUGCCGGGUGCUGCACGCGCUGCUCUGCCUGCACUGCACGCUCACCUCCUGGCUCCGCGUUCGCUUCCGCACCUGGAACUGGAUCUGGCGGCGCUGCUGUCGCGCCGCCUCCGCCGCGGUCCUAGCGCCGCUCGGCUUCACGCUCCGCAAGCCCCCGGCCGCCUGCAGGAACCGGCGUCAUCACCGGCAUCCCCACGGGGGACCCGGGCCGGCCGCCACCCACCCCCGGCUGCGCUGGCGCGCGGACGGCCGGUCCCUGCAGAAGCUGCCGGUGCACAUGGGCCUGGUGAUCACCGAGGAGGAGCAGGAGGAGCCCAGCUUCUCGGACAUCGCGAGCCUCGUGGUGUGGUGUAUGGCCGUGGGGAUCUCCUACAUUAGCAUCUACGACCACCAAGGUAUUUUCAAGAGAAAUAAUUCCAGAUUGAUGGAUGAAAUUUUAAAACAGCAGCAGGAACUUUUGGGCCUAGAUUGUUCCAAAUACUCACGAGAGUUUGCAAACAGUAACGACAAAGACGAUCAAGUUUUAAAUUGCCAUUCAGCAGUGAAGGUGCUGUCCCCAGAAGAUGGAAAAGCGGAUAUUGUGAGAGCUGCCCAGGACUUUUGCCAGUUAGUAGCUCAGCAGCAGAGGAGACCCACAGAUUUGGAUGUAGAUCUGCUAGGCGGCUUACUUAGUUCACACGGUCUCCCUGAUCCUGAUCUAGUGUUGAAGUUUGGUCCUGUGGACAGCACAUUAGGCUUUAUUCCCUGGCAAAUCAGAUUGACUGAGAUCAUCUCUUUGCCUUCUCACCUAAACAUCAGUUAUGAGGACUUUUUCUCCGCCCUUCGUCAGUAUGCAGCUUGUGAACAGCGUCUGGGAAAGUAGUGGUUCCUGGUUGCAUCAUAUGGUUUCAGACUUCUGGAGAAAAGGACCUAAUUGACUCUGAUGUUUACAAAGUACCUAUAAAACCUUGUACACACCUAGUUCAUAUUCCUCAUAAUUUAUCAACAAACACAAAAAAGUGUCUUACUUGAGAGUGAAUGAGUGUGUGUGUGUGUGUGUGUGUGUGUGUGUGUGUGCAUGUGUGUGUGGAGAUAAAUUUAUAAAUGGGGCACAUUGGAGAUUGGAGUACAUAGAAUGGAGUACACUACACAGUUCAAGCACGUAGGGGCCAUGUCUUGGAACUGAGAGUUCAGAUGUAAAGGCUUCAGCUCCUGCUACUUCUCUGUUUUUGUGGAGAGUACAGGCAGUGAGUAGAGCUGGCUUAGUUUGUGGUGGGAGGGGAUGGUUUUUGUUCAGUCUUUAUAGUGACCAAACUUUAAUUUUUAAGAAUAAUAUAUUGACUUACUGGUGGAAGUGUUCUCACUUUGAGGGACACUCGGAGAGUCUGCAUUGUUCGCGUGCUGAAGUUUGCUCAUCUGCAGAGCAAAGGGAACCUCCUCAGUUUUCCGUCCGUUUCAUUUCAUUAUAGUCAACAGUGUGACCUGAGAGUAUUGCUCCAGUGUCUGGCUUGUAAAGAUCAUUUGAAAAAAAGAAUCUUACAAUAUUGAAGUACAGAAUACAAAAAAUUUAAAUACUGAAUUAGGCAGUCAAAAACCAAAAAAGUGAAUAAAUGAUCAUCUUAAAGAUGGAGAAUUUUCUAAGAAGGCAGUUUUGUUUCCUUGUGUGAAGAGUACUAUGUUCUAUAGUACCCAAGGCAUUUAUAAAGAGAUGUUUCCAUUAGCUUUUUAUUUCAAAGAAACAUUUGAGAGAAGUUACCAAGGCAGCUCUUUCCCUCAGAAGUAGCCCGCCCUCCCCUGAGUGCUCCUGGGCUUUUCUUUGUCCAGUAAACCUCAGUGACAACCUUGCAUAUGAUUAAGUAGGAUGGAGGCCUGUAUUACCAAAGUCUGGGAGCAUAAUUUACUUGAUUCUACAUUCUCUUGAAUUCUAGAGAACAGCACUGGUUCUGACAGAAUUGAAUUCUCGAUAGAUGUUUAAUGCUUUUCCACUGAUAAUCUCUGAAUGGAAAGCGUUCUUUAUAUUUGAUGGACAGUUUUCAGAAAACUUUGAUCAACAAGUGUACCCGAGUCAUGUACAUCCAGAAUAGAGCAGUUUAAAUACUAGGCCUCAGAAAUCUGAAAAACAGCAAAGAAUGUGGGUUUGGAAAGUAUGGUCUAGAAUUGCCUGUCAGAUUCUGAAGAAUCUGUGUUUCAGCUUUGGAUUACAAACCCCAUUUAUGAUUUUUAAAAUAUACUUGAAAUAAAAAGAUUAAAAUGAAUUUUGGUCCAGUGACAUUACUUUGCACUUCGGUUUUUUUGUACACAAUUUUAAAGUCUUAAUUUAUUGCCAAAAUUUUGUGUGAUGCUACAGUGUAUUUAAAGGUUAUUAGAGAAUCCCCCUUUUCUGUUCCUUGUGCGGUGACCUCUGUUCCUCUGGUUUUAUUCCUCCAUUGGGGUUGGGGUAAUUUAAGGCAGUUGAUCACCUGUUGUAAAUGUGAUAAUAUAAAUACAGACCUUCUGGGGUAUGUGCAGCUUUAAUGAAUUAAAUUUACUGGGUUCAGUUGAAAUAAGGGGAUUCAAAGUUGUUAAAAUGAAGUUUGCCAAAUUACUCUUUGGGAUAGAGCCAAAAUUGUGAAGCGGUAGAUUACUACAUUUUCUUUCUUCCAUAAUAUAACACAACAAAACAAAUCUGUUGUGGCCUUAGGGAAAAAAGCUUAAGCAAAUUAAGGGUUUUGAAUUUAAAUCCAGGCAUUGAGGAAUCUUUUCACUUGAGGUCAACUGCUCGUGCAGUCUCUACAACUUGAAUCGCACUGGUCACCCUUCAGUUCCUGCCAAGGUCAUCAUCACAAGCUGGAUAUCAUCAAACUCCCUUUGUGCUCCCAAGGAACUUCGUGUCUUCGUGUGUAUUAAAGGGUGUUCUCUUUAAGUUGUUUCUCCUUGACACGCUCCACAAUGGGAAGACACUGAGUCGAACCUGCUCCACAGAGGGCAUGGAGCACACAAAGAAGUUGGAGGGAUUAACUUCGCUCGGAGUCUGAUUGUAGAUUGCUCCUUGAAACUGACUGGUUAAUGUUUGAACUUUAAAAGCUUAUUAUAAUGUGAAUAGCAAAUUCUGGUAUAUUGUGACUAAGGCUUAAGAAUGCCUGUUUUUGACAAUAAAAAUGUUCUAUUAAUAAUCAACAGUGCCAAAUACACUGUGCAUAUCUAUAAUUUACCAUUUGAAUGUAUGUUAAUUAGCUACUCCCUUCUCUGUGAUGGUCCCAUGCUUAGUGUCAGUGAAGUCCUUGUGAUGUGUGUCAUGCCUGUAGAUUUUGGCAACGUGUAAAUAAUAUGUACAGUAAGUUUUUAUGAUUAAGGAAUCAAAUUUAUUGAAUUUUAUUAUUGAAAGUUGAAAUAAGAUGUACGAACAAAAAAUCAAUAAAAGAAUAUACUCUUUUCAUGAA